GCUCCGGCUGUAGAAGAAGAAGCAGUAGAAGAAGAAGAGGGGUAGCCCCGUUAGCUUCUGACAAACGUAGCCGAGCUGUACUUUAUCCAAUGUCUGGCUAGCGUCGGUGCUGGUGUCGAAAAAAAAUCUUAUGCUGCGGAAGAGGAGGACGGUCCCACUAAACAGUUCCUGACACAGACCGACCUCGCUUUCGACAACAUGGAGAAACAGUUGCAUUUAAAUCUGUUAGCCUCCAGACCUCCAAUGGCAGGUGGUUUUCAGUCCGGCUCCAAGAUGAAAAUGGGGCCUGGAAGGAAGAGAGAUUUCACUCCUCUGCCCUGGAGCCAGUACUUUGAAACCAUGGAAGAUGUUGAAGUGGAAAAUGAAAAUGGCAAAGAUAUUUUCAGAAUUUACUGCAGUGGCUCUCAUGGCCCAGUGCUUCUGCUGCUCCACGGAGGAGGACACUCUGCUCUCUCCUGGGCUGUUUUCACGGCUGUCAUAUGCAGCAGGAUAAACUGUAGGGUGGUGGCUAUGGACCUCCGAGCUCAUGGUGACACUAAAGUGAAAAAUCCUGAAGAUCUUUCUGCGGACACAAUGGCCAAGGACAUUGGCAAAGUGGUAGAGUCUCUCUAUGGCGAGAACCCGCCACCAAUCGUGAUUAUUGGACACAGCAUGGGCGGGGCUAUCGCAGUUCACACAGCCACUGCCAAUCAUAUACCAUCCUUGCUUGGCCUGUGUGUCAUUGAUGUUGUAGAAGGUACAGCAAUGGAUGCUUUAAACAGUAUGCAGAACUUCCUCAGAAGUCGGCCAAAGACGUUUAAAUCCUUGGAGAAUGCCAUUGAGUGGAGUGUGAAAAGUGGCCAAAUCCGAAACAUAGAGUCAGCACGAGUGUCUAUGGGAGGUCAGGUUAAAAAAUGUGAGGAAACCACCAGCGGUCCAGGAGUGUCUAAUAGCAUUGGUGAAGGUAUAAUAGAAGAGGAAGAGGAUGAAGAAGCAGAAGAAGAAUCCAACAAGAAAAGAAUGAAAGAGGAUGAUCAAGAGAUGAAAAAAGAAAGCAUCUUUACCUGGCGAGUAGAGUUAUCAAAGACAGAAAAAUACUGGGAGGGUUGGUUCAGAGGUCUGUCUGCUCUGUUUCUCACCUGCCCUGUGCCAAAGCUGCUACUGCUUGCAGGAGUGGACCGCCUCGACAAAGACCUUACUAUUGGACAGAUGCAAGGGAAGUUUCAGAUGCAGGUCCUCCCUCAGUGUGGUCAUGCUGUCCAUGAGGAUGCUCCUGAAAAAGUAGCAGAUGCUUUAGCCACAUUUAUGGUCCGGCACAAAUUCACUGAGUUUAAGGACGGAUACCUGUGCUAAUUUGCAGUUUCCAGUCAUAUAGCCAGCAGCCAUAGAAGAAAUGUUCCAAGAUUCAUUGACAUCAUUGUCUUACAAUUCAACAGCAAAUUAAGGAUUAUUAUUAUUAUUAUUAUUAUUAUUAUUAUUAUUAUUACAUUGCUUUUGUGUAGAUACUUUGCCUUUCAGCUUUGCCUUAUUUGUAUUUUUAAAAAACUGGGAUUUGAUUGUAAUUUUCCUUUUUUUUCCCCAUUUUUUUUUUUAUCUCUGAUGUGUUGCUAUCCUUAUUUCCUUGUUUGAUUUUUGGGUGAUCGCAUCAUUGUCCUGAUAUGCGUUUGUAUUCUUUGAAUUCCAACAACAAUUAAAGCUAGAUGCAGUGAAAAGUAAGUCAUCCAUGCUUGUAAAUUUGGUAUGUGUAUUAAAAGGACAUUGUGAUCAUUUUAA